AUGAAUGAUUUCACAACUCUCACAGAGAGUGGCUGUGACCUAUCUAACUACAAGAUGGAGCUAGCUAGAGAUCGAAACAGCAGAACACUCUCUUUGAGAUCAAUCAAACGACCUUCGAUUUACAAUCUGAGGAAUGCACAGAAUGUGCAACAAUGCAUUCUUAGCAAUUCAGCAUGUAAUCUGAAUCAACUCUCAAUGGAUAUCAACGACGUGGCUUCUAUUUUCAACUCUGGAAAUUCAUCGAAUAUCUCGGCACUUAUGAACCGUAUAGAGAGUCUAGAACUCAAACCAAUACAAUUCGCAAAAAUAUUGUUCAAAAAUGAUAUUUUAAUUGAACCAAUUUUAAACGCAGUACAAUGUGAUAUAGAUAUUGAAACCAAGAUAAAGAUUUUCAACUUCUUACAGUUACUCUCAAAUGUUUUACCUAAAGAAAUUAUCGAAGAAUUUAUCGAUAAAGACCUUUGCUUAAUUAUCUUUUCGAUUCUGAGUGAAGGAAAUGAAUCCAUAUAUGAAUCACUCUAUCAUCUUAUAGCAGGACUUUGUUCAGUUUCUUCAUAUGCAAGAGAUGGCUUCAUUUCUUUUGGAAUCCAAACUACUCUAGUCGAAAUAGCCUCCAAUUCUUCCACAAAAUCAGCAGUAGAUGGCGCAUGCUCAGCUCUUGUUUCUAUUUUUCAGAAUUCAGAACCAAUUGAAAUAGCUAUCCUUUUAGAAUGCUUAGAACCAAUAUCCAAUCUUCUACGCCUUGAGUCAGCGAAUGCAGUUCAAGAUAUUAUCAACUGUUUGGUUGAAAUGUCGAACAAAACUCCCGCAAUCAUCUUUGCAAUGUAUUCUGCUGGAUUAUAUCCUGUAAUAUACGAACUCAUGGACAAUCCACAGCUAACUGCUUCAGCUUUAUGCCUCAUCGGAAACAUGAGUAACGCGAGUGGUCCACAAGUGAAGACUUUGAUUGAUUUGGGCAUCAUGGACAAGCUAUUGGCAUUCAUGUCUACAGAAUAUGUUACUUACUCCCUUUGGAUUUUGUCGAAUAUGAUUGAAUCUGCUCCGAAUUUGCUGUUGAGUUUCUUUGACAGCGAUUUCGUCAACAGCUUACUUCAGCAAUUCGACACAUCCGACUUCGAAGUCAAGAAAGAAGCAAUUUUCUUCAUUUCCACUUUAAUUGUUUUCACGGACAGCGCAAAUCUGGCUGUUUAUAUGACAGAAAACAUUGUUGAGUUCAUUAUAGAGAUGCUUGGCUGCGGAGUUUCGAUGAUCGAAUUGAGAUGUAUCGAUACUUUGAUAAAACUUCUUCAGGUUGCAUUAUCAAGUGAUGCAUUCGAAGGAUUUAUUAGUAGUUUGUUCGAAUCUGAUAUUAGAGAUCGACUUCAGGAAUUAAUUACACCUGAUAAUCUUAUUUUGGCCGAAAGAAGUGCAUUUUUACUUCAUAAGAUUGAAUCACUAUCUGUAUAUUAA